AUGUUUGCUCACGGACACUUCCUGCAGAAACCAACGCUGGCCUUAAACGGACUCCUCUCAGCCUUGUGCUGUUUGGUUUGUGUGAACGGUUUGCUGGUCUCAGGUACCGGUUGUGUGUGUGUUGGUCUCAGGUACAGGUUGUGUGUGUGUUGGUCUCAGGUACAGUUUGUGUGUGUGUUGGUCUCAGGUACCGGUUGUGUGUGUGUUGGUCUCAGGUACAGGUUGUGUGUGUGUGUUGGUCUCAGGUACAGGUUGUGUUUGUUGGUCUCAGGUACAGGUUGUGUGUGUGUUGGUCUCAGGUACAGUUUGUGUGUGUGUUGGUCUCAGGUACCGGUUGUGUGUGUGUUGGUCUCAGGUACAGGUUGUGUGGAUGGUUUGCUGGUCUCAGGUACAAGUUGUGUGUGUGUGUUGGUCUCAGGUACAGGUUGUGUGUGUGUUGGUCUCAGGUACAGGUUGUGUGUGUGUUGGUCUCAGGUACCGGUUGUGUGUGUGUUGGUCUCAGGUACCGGUUGUGUGUGUGUUGGUCUCAGGUACAGUUUGUGUGUGUGUUGGUCUCAGGUACCGGUUGUGUGUGUGUUGGUCUCAGGUACAGGUUGUGUGGAUGGUUUGCUGGUCUCAGGUACAAGUUGUGUGUGUGUGUUGGUCUCAGGUACAGGUUGUGUGCGCUGGUCUCAGGUACCGGUUGUGUGUGUGUUGGUCUCAGGUACAGGUUGUGUGUGUGUUGGUCUCAGGUACAGUUUGUGUGUGUGUUGGUCUCAGGUACCGGUUGUGUGUGUGUUGGUCUCAGGUACAGGUUGUGUGUGUGUUGGUCUCAGGUACAGUUUGUGUGUGUGUUGGUCUCAGGUACAGGUUGUGUGUGUGUUGGUCUCAGGUACCGGUUGUGUGUGUGUUGGUCUCAGGUACCGGUUGCGUGGGCGUAGCUGGUUCGCUCCUGUUGGCGAGAGGCUUCGUGGGCGUCCUGACCCCCUGGGGAGCAGCAGAUGCCCUCUGCCGGCCUCAUACGUGUAG